AUGUCUAAAAGAUUUCAAGGUUCUACCUCUGCAAGGUAUGUUAAGAAUCAGAACCCUUCAAAUAUGGCUAAUAGUUACGCAUUAUCUGCACAACAAAUACUUAAAUCAAACAAAACUGAUGAGAUCGAUUCAUUGAUGGGUUUCGAUAGAUAUAUUGCUCCGCAAUCUAAUGGAAGAGUAGAUACAAAGAAACUAGACCAAGUACCAGGACGUUUAGGUUGGUUAGUCAAUAUGCAUCCAACUGUGGUUAGUCAGGAUUCUUCAUCAUCAACAUCAUCUACCGGAGGAUUUAAUAGCGUCGCUGGGGUAGAUUUUUAUUUCUUAGAUGAAGAAGGUGGUAGUUUUAAAUCUACUGUAGUUUAUGAUCCUUAUUUUUUCAUUGCAGUUUCAGAAAAUAAUAAAACUAAUGAUGUGGAAGAAUUUUUGAAGAAAUAUCUUGAAUCAUGUUUGAAAAGUAUAGAAGUCAUUAGAAAAGAAGAUUUAUCCAUGGAUAAUCAUUUAUUAGGUUUACAAAAGACUUUAGUCAAAUUAUCCUUUAUAAACUCCAAUCAAUUAUUCGAAGCAAGAAAAUUACUUCGACCAAUUCUAACAGAAAAUAAAACAACUAAUGAACAACGUAAUAUUUAUAAAAAUGCAUAUCAACAAAAUUCAUUGAAUAGUGAAAAAAUCUCAGCUGAUGACGCCAAAAGAUACAUUGAAGAUAUAAGAGAAUAUGAUGUACCUUAUCAUGUACGUGUAUCUAUUGAUAAAGAUAUUAGAGUAGGAAAAUGGUACAAAGUUUGUUCAGAAGGUUUGGUAGAAUACACCGAGAAAGUUGCAUUCGCUGAUCCAGUAGUAUUGGCGUUCGAUAUUGAAACCACAAAAGCACCACUAAAGUUCCCUGUUGCAGAAGUGGAUCAAAUUAUGAUGAUAUCGUACAUGAUUGACGGUGAAGGUUAUCUGAUAACGAAUAGAGAGGUUAUCUCGGAAGAUAUAGAAGAUUUUGAAUAUACUCCCAAACCAGAAUAUAAAGGUCUAUUUACAAUCUUUAACGAAUCAGAUGAAUUAGCAUUAUUGGAAAGAUUUUUUGAACAUAUUAGAGAAGUGCGGCCUACUGUUAUAUCUACAUUCAAUGGUGAUUUCUUCGAUUGGCCAUUCGUAGAGACAAGAGCAAAAAUUAAUGGAUUAAAUAUGUAUGAUGAAAUCGGGUUUGCACCUGAUGCAGAAGGUGAAUAUAAAUCUUCAUACUGUUGUCAUUUGGAUUGUUUCCGCUGGGUUAAGCGUGAUUCUUAUCUUCCACAAGGUUCGCAAGGUUUGAAAGCCGUGACUCAAGCUAAGUUGGGUUAUAACCCUAUCGAAUUAGACCCAGAAUUAAUGACCCCUUAUGCAUACGAAAAACCUCAAGAAUUAUCAGAGUAUUCUGUAUCUGAUGCUGUCGCCACAUACUAUCUUUAUAUGAAAUAUGUUCAUCCGUUCAUUUUUUCCCUUUGUACUAUUAUUCCAUUAAAUCCGGAUGAAGUGUUAAGAAAGGGGACCGGUACAUUAUGUGAGAUGCUUCUUAUGGUUCAAGCCUAUAAAGGAAAUAUUUUAUUACCAAAUAAACAUACAGAUCCAUUAGAAAGAUUUUAUGAUGGGCAUUUAUUAGAAACAGAAACUUAUGUGGGUGGUCAUGUGGAAUCCUUAGAAGCAGGUGUUUUUAGAAGUGAUAUUAAAAGUUCUUUUAAAAUCGAUCCAACUGCAAUUGAUGAACUAUUAAAUGAUUUGCCAAACGCUCUAAAGUUUUCCAUUGAAACUGAAAGCCAUGCCAAAGUUGAAGAUGUUACUAAUUUUGAUGAAGUUAAAGACCAAAUCACCGAAGAAUUACUGAAAUUGAAAGAGGAGCCUAAAAGAGAUGAAUAUCCGUUGAUUUACCACGUCGAUGUCGCAUCUAUGUACCCAAAUAUCAUGGCAACAAAUAGACUUCAACCAGAUAGUAUCAAAACUGAAAGAGAUUGUGCUAGUUGUGAUUUCAAUAGACCUGGUAAGACUUGUGCGAGAAAAUUAAAAUGGGCAUGGAGAGGUGAAUACUAUCCAGCUAAGAUGGAUGAAUAUAAUAUGAUAAAGAGAGCUUUGCAAAAUGAAACAUUCCCUAAUAAAAAUAAAUAUUCAAAAAAACCAUAUCUUACUUUCGAUGAAUUGAGCUAUACUGAUCAAGUACUACAUAUUAAGAAACGUCUAACCGAAUAUUCCAAGAAGGUUUAUCACAGAACUAAAAUUUCCGAAAUUGUUGAAAGAGAGGCUAUUGUAUGUCAACGUGAAAAUCCUUUUUAUGUUAAUACAGUGCGUUCCUUUCGUGACAGAAGAUACGAAUUUAAAGGUCUUGCAAAGACAUGGAAGGGGAAGGUAUCUUCGAUCGAUCCAUCUGAUCAUCAUGCAAAAGAUGAAGCUAAAAAGAUGGCUAUCUUAUAUGAUUCUUUACAAUUAGCCCAUAAAGUUAUUUUAAAUUCCUUUUACGGUUAUGUCAUGAGAAAAGGUUCACGUUGGUAUUCCAUGGAGAUGGCAGGUAUUACCUGUCUUACUGGUGCCACCAUUAUUCAGAUGGCAAGAGCACUAGUAGAAAGAUUAGGAAGACCCCUAGAAUUGGAUACUGAUGGUAUUUGGUGUAUCUUACCAAAAUCGUUUCCAGAGAAUUUUUUCUUUAAGCUUGAAAACGGUAAGAAAUUGUAUAUGUCUUACCCAUGUUCCAUGCUAAAUUACAAGGUUCAUCAACAGUUUACAAAUCACCAGUAUCAAGAACUAAUGGACCCAAUCACCCAUAAAUAUAAAACUCAUAGCGAAAACUCUAUUUUCUUUGAAGUUGACGGCCCUUACAAGGCUAUGAUAUUGCCAACCUCAAAAGAGGAAGGUAAAGGUAUUAAAAAGAGAUAUGCUGUGUUUAAUAAUGAUGGGUCUUUGGCAGAAUUGAAAGGUUUUGAAUUGAAGAGACGUGGUGAAUUACAGCUUAUCAAAAAUUUUCAAAGUGAUAUCUUUAAGGUUUUCUUGGAAGGUGAUUCAUUAGAGACAUGUUAUAAAGCUGUAGCGGAUGUUGCCAAUAGAUGGUUGGAUGUUUUAGAUACUAAGGGUUCCAUGCUUGAAGAUGAGGAUCUUAUUGAACUGAUUUGUGAAAACAGAAGUAUGUCAAAAACUUUAAAGGAAUACGAGGGUCAAAAAUCAACAUCUAUCACCACGGCUAAACGAUUAGGGCAGUUCUUAGGUGAAGAUAUGGUUAAAGACAAAGGUUUGCAAUGUAAAUAUAUUAUUAGUAACAAACCUCAUGGUGCUCCUGUUACAGAACGUGCAAUUCCUGUCGCUAUAUUUUCUUCUGAUUUGCCUAUUAAACGAUCUUUUCUAAGACGUUGGACUUUAGAUCCUUCAUUGGAUAAUUUUGACAUCAGAAGUAUCAUUGACUGGGACUAUUAUAGAGAAAGACUUGGAUCUACAAUUCAAAAAAUAAUCACAAUGCCAGCUGCUUUGCAAGAUAUUAAGAAUCCCGUCCCGAGGGUGGAACAUCCAGAAUGGUUAAGAAAGAAAAUCCUGAUGAAAGAAGAUAAGUUUAAACAAUCAUCUAUUAGUAAGUUUUUUUCAAAAACUGAGGAUAAACCAGGAAUGAGGAAAGUUCAAGAUAUUGAAGAUUUAUUUAGACCUGACGAAGAAACGGAAGGUGCAAUGAGUAAAACCGCAAAAUUAGCAAAAUCGAAGUCCAUGAAGCAUGGUAAACGUAAAAGAGGUGACCAAACUAAGACAGAAGACGCAUUAGUUCUUCCUACAGAAAUGCCAUCUAUAGAGGAGGAUUACGAAGCCUGGCUAGAAUAUUCGAAGAUAAAAUGGAAGCUGCAAGAUAGAGAUAGAAAACGUAGAACGCAAUUAUUUGGUAAUGCUAAUAGACCUGCCGAAAGAUCUGUAUUAGGAAACGUUAUGAGGAAACAAGCAGAAACAUAUGCUAAUUCGACUUGGGAAGUUAUUCAAUAUAGAACUACAAACGAAGCAGGUGUAUUGGAUGUAUUUGUGUUAAUUAAUGGUAAAAUACAAAUUUUGAAGUUUAAUAUUCCGAAGAUCAUAUAUGUCAAGUUCAAAACUGACACCAUGCCUUUAUCUAAAAUUAAACACUGUCAAAGUGAAAAGGUCAAUGGAACGUUACCAAAUAUACCAGGGUUAUCUGGUUCAAAUAGCAACAAUUUGUUCAAAUUAACAUUACCAGAGUCUGUAUAUUUGGAUGAGAUUGAGGAUAGAACAAGUAUUCUCAAUGACGAAAAUGUAUUGGGGGUAUUCGAAAGUACAAUUCCACCCACUCAACGUGCAAUUAUGGAGCUGGGAUCUGCAGUUUCAUUUAAUUCUAAUGCCAUGGGUUCUCUUGGACGUGGUUUGCAAACAGGUUUCGAUAUGAAAAGUUUAACUAUGUCAGAUAAUAACAAAUAUCUGUUAAGGUACCAAGGUGAUAUAUCAUAUGUUUUACACUUUGCUACAAAUAUUGGUUAUGAAGUAUUCGUAAUCUUCAGAUCAUGGAAUCCGACUAUUAAUGUAUUGGUUCUAAAACCUUCUUCACAUGCCCAGGAUAUGAGUGAGUCGUUGAUCAACUCCACAUUCAAGAAAUCUUUUGAAAAAAGAAUGGAUAAUGCUAAGGCAUUUUCAAGAUAUGGUAAUAUAGAUAAAGACUCUGUCUUUAAUACAGAACAUUUCUCUGAUUAUCAAAAGUUAAUGAGAAGGUUGGCCUCUGACUUGGCCAAGAUUAGGGAAGAGAAGGGACAACAAUUUCUGUUGCUAUUACAAUCUCCUUAUGUUAGAAAGAUUAUCAAUUCAUCAAAAUUUUUUAAAAAUCUUCCAAUAAUUGAGUGGUCUUCCAACGAAACUAUACUUCCACAGCUUAACUGGCAAAAUUUAUUUAUUACCAAAAUAAUGAAACAGCUAUUAUUUAAUGGGUCAUGGUUAGAUGAUAUGAUAACUGUUUCUCAGUAUAGUAACAUUCCUUUGGGUAACUUACAAUUAGAAAAUAUGAGCUACGUAAUAGACAUCAUGUAUGCAAGAAGGUUGAAGAAUGAAAAUAUCGUCCUAUGGUGGAAUGAGAAUGGUCCAUUACCAGAUCAUGCAGGUAUUCAAAAAGAUUAUGACCCAACAACUUCUUGGAUCAUGAACGGUCUUUCUUUCCCAGAGAUUAAUAUACCUAAUGUUUAUGAUAAGGCGGUAUUGGAAGUUAAUAUCAACAAUCUGAUUGUGAACACCAUUUUAGGAUCUGCCUUAAUUAAUGAAGCAGAAGGUAGUGAUCUUGCUGGUAGUGGUAAUAUUCAUUCUAUGGAUCUUGGAUUCGAUAGCUCUGAAGGAGCUUUCAUUCAAGAUUCGUUUAAUGAGAAUGCAUUGAAUGUCUUAAAGGCGAUGUUGAAAGACUGGUGGGAUCUUGCUUUAACAGGAAAUCAAACAGCUGAUUUACUAGUUAAUAUGUUCAUCAAUUGGAUUCAAAGCCCAAGUUCAAAAUUAUUUGAUGGUUACCUGAGAUAUCAUAUCCAUAACUUGACGAAGAAAUCAAUGUUCCAACUGAUAAAUGAAUUCAAUGGACUUGGGUCAAAGGUCUUCUAUGCCGAUAUUAAUAAAUUGAUGGUACAGGUUAAUAAAUAUACACCAGAGACAUGUUACGCUUAUAGUCAGUAUAUUUUGAAGGCCAUUAAAACAAAUCCAAUGUUUAAAUAUAUUGACUUGAAAAUAGAAAGAUAUUGGAAUAUUUUAAUUUGGAUGGAUAAAUGGAACUUCAGUGGUAUUGCAUGCGAUGAAAUCAUCGAUUCUGAUAACCAAAAUUACGAAGCAUAUUCGCAAUGGCAAAUUAAGGUAACACUACCAAUUAUAUUUCAAUCAGAGUUUGAUGACUGGAUGGUUAUUAUAUUAGACAGUAUGUUGAAAGCAAAGAAUCAAUAUUUGGAAAAAACAAUAGGUACCCAGAGAGCUACUCAAUUACAGUUACCAUCAACGGACACGCUGGAUGAUGAACCCGAUUCAAUAAUAGCCAAUUUCACUCAAAUAUUUUCUAAUUCAUUGAUCAAGAGAAUUAGAAAGCUAUUCCGUAAUCAACAGGAAUUUAUUUUGGAUCCUCAAUAUGCAGAAGAUUAUAAAUUUCCUGAUCAUCCUGGAUCUCAUUUAGAUUUAAAGAAUCCUCUCCUUGAACUUGUCAAAUAUAUUUGUCAUGCUAUGAUGUUAUCCAGUGAUACAAUUAUUGAGGUUCGUCGACUAAGAAAAGAUUUAUUACAUAUUUUUGAGAUAAAAGAAUUUGCUAAAGAGGCAAACUUUAAUAAUCCAAGCACAAGCUUAACAAUUGAAGGGCAUUUGUGUGAACAUUGUUCUUAUAUUACUAAUAUUGAUUUCUGUAAGGAUGAUCCAUUGGCUAUCUUCGCUUGUACUAAUUGUCUAAACAAAUUUGAUAAGUUACUAUUACAAGAAGAUUUGAUACAGAAAUUAUGUUCUUCAAUAGAGUUAUUUUACAAUCAAGAUUUAAGAUGCGCAAAAUGUCAUAAGAUAAAAGAAGAUUAUAUGAGUGCACAUUGUAAUUGUUCAGGUAAAUGGGAGACAAUUAUCUCUCCUAAUGAAGUGUCCAAAAAUAUCCAAAUAUUUAGACAGGUCUCUACAUAUUAUGAGUUAUCAUUAUUGCAAGGAGCAAUUAAUCAAUUGUGCUCUUCAUAA